AUGAAUCCACAGCUUUCCAGAGCCGACUCCGCAGUCUUGGCGCAAGUCUUCGAUCCAGAGAGUGCACCAACCCGAGCAGAAGUGCUGAUCGAUCCGAGCUUGCCAGAAGACCGCCAUAUUCGCGACGCGACGCUGCUCGGACAGCUGCGACGUCGUGAGAAGGAGGCGAUAUCCAUCAUCGAAGACUUUGAAAGAAACAAAGCUCGGUUCCCUGACGCAAAGGAAUCCGCCAAGGAUGCUGCAUAUCGAGCUGCUCGCACUUCUCUGGAUGCUUUGAUCGCGGAGCAUCCCGAGUAUGCUUCUGCGAAGAACAACAGAGCACAGAUGAGGAGGUGGAUGUUCGGUGACAGGAAUACCCUCGUGCAGCCCAAGUCUCCGCUCUACGCACAGCAAGGCGCAGAAGGCUUGGCAGAUCUCCACGCAUGUAUAGCUUCGACAUUGCCAGCAGGACAACAAGAUGCGGUAUCGCCAGCCCAAGGAAGGUUGCUCGCUCAGGCAUACACCCAGCUAGGCGCUCUCUACUACGCAGCUGCAAAAGACCUGGAGUCCGAACAUAAGGUCGAUGUAGUCGAGAUCGAUGGCAUGAAAUGGUGCCAUGCCCGAUUCGAAGAAGAAGCGUCCCGAGCAUUCUACCUGGGCGGCCUAUAUGGGAAUGAGGUAGCCAAAGCAUUGGCUGUGCAUACCAAUCCGCACGCGAAGCUGUGUGGCAGCAUUGUGAAGGAGGCCAUGCGCAAGGAGAUGGACGCGUUUUGGUAG